CAUAGCAAGGAUGAUAUUUUUUAUACGCAUAAUCAAAAUAAUCACUCCAUAUAAAAAUUCUAAAACCAUGACAACUUGCUAUACAAUAGUAGUUGUACCUUGAAUAUCGAACGCAACACAACAACUUAUAGGCCAGUUUUAGUACCAAUAAUGUAAUUAUUUUAUAUAUUUACAUGUAGAUACAUGUCAUUUCUUCUUCAUUUGUUGAUUUCAUAUGUUUUGGAAUAUUGAUGAACUGAAUAAACGACUUUUAACUUAAAUUUUCAGUACGUUUUUUUAUGCAGUUGCUAUUACUAUUGAUUUACUAGUGUGAUUUUCAUAUGAAGUGCAAUGUGGGUUCGCAAUUGAGGUUUCUAGAUUCUUGACUAGUUCAAUAUUUAGUUUGUGUUACCUUUUCUAGAUUCUUUAAUUUUGAAUGUUCCAUUCUUUUGUUUGAGUUGUUGAAAAACAGAAGUGAAAAAUUACAGCAAAGAGUGUUAUGGAUUCAGUUGGAACUAAAUGUGCUAAUUUGUGGUUAACAGACUAUCACCCUUUUGUUAGUUUGUUCUUUCUUGUUAGUUAGUUCAUUUUGUGUGCAUGUCUAUAUAAAUCGACGGCCUAUUCCUGCAUAAGAUAGGCUUCAACCUCAAAGUUGGUUCAUAAACAAAGAAAAUCCUUCACUUAAUUAAAUUUUAUUUUGAGAGAGAGAGAGAGAGAGAGAGAGAGAGAACUUUAGACGAAGAGAGGUGAUGGAGUGUUCCGAAUUUUUAAUUGCUUGUUUAAUAUUUACGUCACAGAUUGUUGUGAAUGCCGCUGACUUGGAGAAAUUGCAUCACAAUGCAUCAAAUCCAAACCCAGAAGAAUUGGGAGUCAAGAGGGUUGACUUCCCUACUGAUUUUGUGUUUGGGGUCUCUACUGCUGCUGCUCAAAUAGAAGGAUCAGCGAAAAAUUCUGGGAAAGGACUAAGUGUUUGGGACAACUUUGUUGUGAAAUUCCCAGAGAGAAUUUCUGACCACUCAAACAUGUUCACUGCCAUCGACUCGUAUAAUCGAUACAAGGAAGAUGUGAAGCUUAUAAACAACCUUGGUGUCGAUUCUUACAGAUUUUCCAUCCCCUGGACGAGGAUUCUUCCUACUGGAACAUUGAGUGGUGGAAUAAACCGAGAAGCUAUUGACCAUUACAACAACCUAAUUGACGAGCUAAUCAAGAACGGCAUCAAACCCUAUGUGACCAUUUUACAUUUUGACUCGCCCCAAACCUUGCAAGACAAGUAUGGCGGCCCUUUGAAUCGUUCCUUUGUGAACGAUUUUAAGGAUUAUAGCGAAAUAUGUUUCAAAACAUUUGGAGAUAGGGUCAAAAACUGGAUUACAAUCAACGAGCCAUUUAUCAUUGCCAAGAUAGGGUAUGAACUUGGAUUUGCUGCACCAGGCAGAUGUUCUUUGCAUACAAAAUUCGUAUGUACAUCUGGUAAUUCGUCUACUGAGCCUUACAUUGUGAGCCACAACCUUCUCCUCGCCCAUGCUACUGUUGUUAAGCUAUACAAAGAGAAGUUCCAAGCAAACCAAGGAGGACAAAUUGGAAUCAGUCUUGUAGGACAAUAUGUUGAACCCUAUUCAGAUUCGGAAGAAGACAGAGCUGCAGCGAAGAGAGUUCUGGACUUCAAUCUGGGAUGGUACGUGGAGCCAUUAGUCUAUGGAGAUUAUCCAAAGAGUAUGCGAGAUUUGGUCAGGGACAGACUACCUAGUUUUACCAAGGAUGAGAAGAAUUUGAUCAAAGGGUCCUUUGACUUUAUUGGCAUCAAUUAUUACACCUCAAUAUAUGCUAAAAACUCCCCACCAAGUCCACAGAAACCAAUUUGCUAUUCUACUGAUUCUUUAGCUGAAUUACCCAAAAAAAAUAAACAUGGAGAGCCUAUUGGUCCUAAGGCUGAAGGAAGUAGUUUCAUUUCCAUUUAUCCAAAAGGUCUGCAGAAACUGAUGGACUUCAUGAAGGAAAACUAUCAAAGUCCUAAAAUCUACAUUACUGAAAAUGGAAUCAACGAGGCAAAGGACAAUAGUCGCAGACUUGAUAAGGCACUCAAGGAUCCACAUAGAGUUAAAAAUACUCUUCGGCAUUUGUACUGGCUCAACAAGGCAAUCAAGAAUGGUGCGAAUGUAAAAGGAUAUUUCUAUUGGGCGCUGUUUGAUGACUUUGAAUGGGUUGAUGGCUAUACCACAAGAUUUGGGCUUUAUUACAUUGAUUACAAAGACAAUCUCAAGCGCAUUCCCAAGGAUUCUGCUAAGUGGCUCCCUAAAUUCCUCAAGGGUGAAGUUUAAAAACACAACGCUCAAGCUAAGGCAUAAGCUGUACAUGGUAUAUCAACCCCAAGUUCUUGACGGCAGGUUUUCUACAAACGUGACGUAUAAAAGAAAGAGUAGUACGCACACUUAUAUAUGUAAGAAAAGACCUAGGAAGACUUGGAAAGAGACAGUAAGAAAAGACUUGGACUACUUGGAUCUAAUGGAAGACACGGCACAAAACCGAGCACAAUGGCAUUCUAGGAUUCAUAUAGCCGACCCCACUUAUUGGGAUAAGGUUUUCUUGUUGUUGUUGAUGUACUAUUUUGAAAGGCCUUGGUUUUUGGAGCAUAUCUUAGAACUCUUAGUACCUACUUGAUGACUUUUACAGCUCUUUUGAGUAGUAGUUUCUUAUCAGUUUCCUGCGAUGCCAAAUUUUUUCUCUAACACACACACACACACAUGCGAUAUAUAUAUAUAUUAUGAACAAUGUACAUACUCAUAUAGAAGGCAUAUCAAAGAAUACAAGCAUGAUACAGCUCAUUCACUUUUUUGUUCUGUUGAUAAGCAAGACAACAGAAACUUUAUUUUGUUUUCAAACUUCAGGAACUUCAACUUGGAUGUGAUCAUGUGAGCAGAAUUAAAAUAGAUGUAGGAGAGAAA